AUGUUUAGGCCCCUAACCCGUGAUUGGAGAGCCCUCCUGCCCUAUGGAGCUCCCCUCUCCAUGAGAAGCAACAGCUGUGGAGCCAACGGCAAGGCCAAACUGGCUGACAAAGUUGCAGUGAUUACGGGAUCCACAAAAGGGAUCGGCCUGGCCAUUGCAAAGCGGCUGGCCCAGGAUGGGGCCCACGUGGUCAUCAGCAGCCGGAAGCAGCAGAACGUGGACCAGGCAGUGACUAUGCUGCGGGGCGAGGGGCUGAGCGUGACAGGCACUGUGUGUCAUGUGGGGAAGGCCGAGGACCGGGAGCGGCUGGUGUCCACGGCCCUGGAACACUGUGGGGGAGUUGACAUCCUCGUUUGCAUGGCAGGGGUCAAUCCUUUGGUGGGAAGUACCUUGGGAAGCAGUGAGCAGGUCUGGGACAAGAUCCUGAACAUCAAUGUGAAGGCCCCAGCUCUGCUGCUGAGCCAGCUGCUGCCCCACAUAGAGAAGAGGGGGCGAGGCUCAGUGAUCCUGGUCUCCUCAGUUGCAGCUUAUCUUCCAGUUGUUAAGCUGGGGGCAUACAAUGUCAGCAAAACAGCCCUGCUGGGUCUCACCAAGACCCUGGCAUUGGAGCUGGCACCAAAGAACAUCCAGGUGAACUGCCUGAUACCAGGAAUCAUUGACACAGAAUUUGGCCAAGUGGUGAGGACCAUGGGCAGCUCCUGGUCUCAUCCCCGCCUCCUCUUUCCAUGCAGGCUUGGGCAACCUGAGGACUGCGUGGGACUCGUGUCCUUCCUGUGCUCACCAGAUGCGAGCUACAUCAGUGGCGAGAACAUCGCGGUGGCUGGCUUCUCCCCCCACCUCUGA